AACCCGAGUCAAAAUCAGUUAGGUAUUCUGUGAGAUAUGAUUAAUUAAAUGCGCUGACAGCUCAUUGCACCUGUCAAACAAGUUACACUGAGUGGAGCUGGCGACCGAUCCAAGAUGGCGGCUCCACGGCUCGUCCGUGCCAAUAGGCAGUAGCAUUCGAUAGGGCGUCUAGCUAUAUAUGAUGUCUAUGGUGGUUAGUGUAGGAUGGCUCUGGGAUCAGGGUGUGGUUGUACAUUUCCUCUCUGGAUGUCUAAGCGAGGGGAAACCCCGUAGAAGAGCGCAGAUCAAAACAACAACAACACAGAACAGGAUCAAAUGGGUGGAUCGGUAGAGGAUUGUUGGGAAUUAUACAGAGGAAAGAAAGGAGGCGAAAGAAAAAAUAGCAAUGAUCAGAAUGAAGGAUUUGGUAACAUUAAAUCCAGAAAUAUAUAACAGAUCGAUUUUGACGCAGUAUCUAAAAAGUACUCGGAUAUAUGGGGGUAUGAAUAUAAAAUGUAUUUGCAGCAAAGGUGAAGUAAAUAUUGGGAAGAGUAUAAACUGGAUUGUGGGGCUUCGCUGAAAGCUAUAGAGGAGAACUGCAGAAUGACGACAGAAAUGAAACACUGAAUGACCAGCAGUAUCUUAAGCACCACCAGACCUGAGUUCAGUUAAAAUGACAAAUAUGCAUUCAUACACGAUUACCAAGAUUAGUUCUAAUUACUAAAGUUCUGUCAUUAAAUAGUGCUUGAUUAUCAUAAAUAAUAUCGUAAUAUAAAGCUUGAUUGACUGAUGUUAAGAGUGUUGAGGGUAACACAUUACAAGUAACUCGGGUAACAUAAUCAGAUUACUUUUGUCAAGUCACUAGAGUAACACAUUACUUUUAAAUAUACAACAGAAUAUCUGUUACUUCUUCAAAUAAGUAAUGCAGGUUACGUUGUUUUCCAGUUAUUGACUGACGGCUCUCCUGUCUCCAUGAGAGAAAUCAGGAGAGAGCUGAGGCUGGAGGGUUUGGAGCAGAAGAACAGAGAUGGCCUCUAUCAUGGAGCAACAUCAGGGAGUCAGUCAGGGUAGAAGAAGAGCCAGAAAGAAAAAACGUUCCCUCAGCAAGGACAAAUCCAAGGAGAGAUGGAGGACCCUCCUGACAGAUAUCCACUGGUCCAGAUGCUUGAAUCUUCUGCUGCUGUUUUGCUUCAUCAACUCUAUCGGAAGUGCACCUGCAGGAAACUCUCCUCGACGUGUGACGGGGGAAAAAGGAGACAACAUCACCCUGCCGUGUGAAUUUCAGCCCAGAGACGAUUCUCAUAUUGCUUUAUUCAGACAAUCAAAAAACAUAAUUGAUUGUCAGAAUGAAGAAUGUAGUGAAAGAUUUGUCAAAAAAGGAUCAUGUGACAUCAUCAUCAAGGAUCUGAUCUUCAGUGAUGCUGGGAAAUACAUUCUGAAAGUCUAUAACACUGAUGGUCAGAUAGAAGUGGAGAGGGACUACCAUCUUCAUAUUCAGGGUGAGAUUUCUGUGAAAACAGGAGAGCAGCUGAAGAUGGAUGUUCUGGUGAUCAAUGCUGAUAAAGUGGAGAAAAACUCCAGUGGAGAGUGGACAGAGGUGUGGACGAGAGGUCACGGGGUCAGCAGUGAUCGACUGACCGACAGAGAUGGAAAUCUGAUCAUUAGUAAUUUUACAGUCUCUGACACUGGAACAUACAGAGUUCUGGACUCUGAAGGAGAAAUCUGGAUCACAGUCACAGUCACAGGAUCUAGUACAGGAUCAAAGGACAAACUGAACACAGAUCAAGACACUGAACAACAUAAGUCUGUGAUUAUUGUGGUGUGUGUGAUUGGAGCUCUGCUGGUUCUGGUGAUAUCUGCUCUCAUCUGGAAACGCAGACGUCAGCACAGGAACAGAGAACAUGAGUCUGUCCCAAUGGAAGACAUACAGUAGUCCAGAACAUCUAGAGAUGACACUUGUGCUGCGUCCCAAUUCGCCUACUUAUACUACGCCCUAAAAGUAUGUACUCUUUCUGUGAACAAAAAGUACAUACUUUUGAGUGUGUAGCAAAAGAGUAGACAAGCUUUGGGACAUACUAUC